ACCACCUGUCACUGAAUAUGGUCGACGCGAUUGACGAUCCCAUUGACUAUCUUGGUGAAAUCGCCUUCGAACGGUUUUAUGUUAUAGAAGCUGUGCGUGAAAGUCUGUGUAGAUUUCAAUUCUCGAAAAGAAUAGUGCAACAUGAUACACACACGAGUACCCGGCAUGGAACGUACAGAAAAGGAACCUAUGGAAGAUGAUCUCACGGAAUUCAAUCUUUUACAGAAAAGCAGUGUUUUUACAAAGAAAAGAUCUAGGAGGCAGAGGCUGCCAGCUGCAAGGGAAAGGAGUUCAUUAAGAAGUCUUAUUAAUUUCAUGAAGUCAGUUGUUGGAAAGGAUUUGACAAAAGUUACAAUGCCAGUUCAUUUCAAUGAGCCACUAUCAUUUCUACAGAGACUGGCAGAAGAUUUAGAGUAUGCUGAUGUUCUAAACAGAGCCUCAUUUUGCAAAAAUUCAUUGGUACAACUGGCUCAUGUGGCAGCCUUUGCCAGUUCAACAUAUUCUACAGUAUUGGGAAGGUUCUGGAAACCUUUCAACCCACUUCUAGGAGAAACAUUUGAAUUUGUUAACCCCACUGCUGGAUAUGCCCUAAUUGCAGAGCAGGUAUCACAUCAUCCUCCUAUCUCAGCCCUACAUGCAGAAUCUGAUCACUGGAUUUUCUGGCAGGAAUAUAAACUUGAUACUAAAUUUAGAGGACAGUUUUUGAAGGUUAUUCCAACUGGAUUGUGUCACGUGAAGUUUAAAACAGAUGGUCAUCAUUUUACAUGGCAGAAGCCAAUCACAACAAUUCACAACAUCCUUGUUGGCAGUAUUUAUGUAGAUCAGGAAGGAGAUGUUGUGGUGACAAAUCACUCAACGCAAGAGCAGUGUAGACUACAUUUUCAACCUGUGAGGGAAGUCCAAGAGAGCUUCAAACAGCUUUCAGGGGAGGUGCUAAAUUCGAAGGGUCAUGUCAAAUAUAACAUUGUGGGAGCAUGGGACCGUAGCCUUGAAUUGCAUUCUGUAGAUGACUCAGACAUGGAUCCCAUUGACCUAUGGACAGCAAAUACCAAACCUGAAGAUUCCUGGAGAUAUUAUGGCUUCACACAGUUUUCAAUUCAAUUAAACGAUCCAGAAUAUGGUAUGUAUCAGGAGGAUGUACACUGUAGAAUGAAUUUGAAUCAAGGUUAGACUAUGGUUAAUUCAGAGAUACAUUGUAGAAAAAAUGCAGAAGUCAGAUAGUGAGGAACAUUUUUAUAAAAGGUAAUGAAGUGGUUUUUCGUAGCUCUGUUUGAAUGAGCUUUGGAAGUAAAUAUGAAAAUUUCUAUUGGCUACAUUUUGGGUCAUGUGUACUUAAGAGUGUGUCCAGGAGAGCACAUACCAUCUCACCGAUUUCAGUGAAACUUAGCUAGUUUAUAGGGUAUACCCCAAAACUCAAACAGACAAACUGGUUUCUGUUUUCGUUAUUUCUGGGGGAGAUAGACCACCCCCCUGUUUUUCUUGGCCUUCCCUGAGGAAAUCGCUUCAAAUUAGGUAAAAUGUAUGAAGCUCUUACUGUGAUGGUAUUCAACCGAUUACUUAAAGGGUUUUACAUACUUAUUGUUACAUCCUUAAUGAUUUUACGAUGCAAGUGUCAGUCAAUUUGAUCGAUGGCUUGUCGAUCAACAGAGGCAAAUAAAUGACUGUUUUAGAGUU